UUUAUCUAUGUAAUCUAUUAAUUCAUUCUAGUUCUUUCAGAACAGUAAUGCAACAGAAAGAAAUUAAUGAUAUCGGUGAUUUUUUCUGAUAUAAAAACUUUUUAGUGUAAACAUGUUCUCAAAAAUAUAGCUGGUAAUGAAUGAGAUUGAGAAUUAUGACAGUGAAUCCAGUGAAAGUGAAGAUGACGAAGAAAUUUAUGAUGGUCCAUUAAAUAAGGAUGGUGAAAAACAUGGCAGAGGAACGCUUUAUUUUGAUAAAGAGAAAAAGAAUAAAUUUCAAGGUCGUUUUAUCAAUGGUGUGAAAGAAGGAAAAGGUUCCUUUUAUUUCAGUGAUGGCAGUUCAUUAUCUGGCAACUUUGUGAAUGAUAGUUUAGAAGGAAGAGGAUUAUAUUUGUAUGACGAUGGCUCUCUAAUGGUUGGUACAUAUAAACAAGGUGAACUGAAUGGUUACAGUGAAGAGUAUGACUCUGAUGCAAUGUUAACUUUCGCAGGAAAUUAUAAAGAAAAUGUUCGAACUGGUGUUUGUCAUUUUUUUAUGCAGCAUGGUGGAAGAUUAUUUGGUGUUGUUAACAAGAGUGGCCAACUAACUGGCAAAGAUGUUAUAUAUGUCUAUCCUGAUGAGAAGACUUACUUGAAAGGAAAAUUUGAUGAUGGAGAACUGGAAAGUGCAUGUGAAGCAGAAUAUGAUGGAAUUGGGGACAAAAAUAAUCCGUAUUCUUACAGAAAAAUACCCAAUGCAGUUGAAAUCAUAAAAGAUGCUGAGUCAUCUAUGUCGAUAUCUAGUCACCCAAUGCAGCCUGAUUGUUAUGAAGUAAAAAGAGUUUGCGUGAAAAAAUCAAACAUUAAAGAUGCAAAUGAAGGGUUGUUUUCCUUAAUAAAAGAAGCACCAGAUCAAGUAAUGUCAUUUUACAAUGGAAUAAAAAUCACACACGCAGAGGUUGAUGGUCGUGAUUGGAAGUACAAUGAUAAUACCAUAUCUCUUAAUGAUGAGUUGGUGAUCGAUGUUCCUACACCGUGGUGCGAUACGUCUCAUUAUUGUGCAACAUUAGGACAUAAAGCAAAUCACUCUUUUGAGCCUAACUGCAAAUAUGAUAGAUUUAACCAUCCUCGUUUUGGUGAAAUAAAAUGCAUUCGUACGAUUAAAGAAGUAUAUCCAGGUGAUGAAUUGACUGUCGCCUAUGGUUAUGAUCAUGAAAAGUUGGACUCAGAAGCACCAUAUUGGUACAGGGAGAAGUUAAAAAUAUGGUUAUCUAAUAACAACACGUAGAAUCUAUGGAAAAGUUAUGUUGUAAAAGCUUCUAUAAAGAUAAAAUAAUAAAUCUGAGAAACACUAAAAA